CACCGGAAGUUGGGGAGGGGGCGGAAGCGACGGCGGCGUCCGGAGGGUGUGUGAGGGGAAUGCUGCUGCUGCCGGCGGCGGCGGCGAGGCCAGGCUCGGGAUGAGCUGGAAGGCGCGCCGGAGCGCCACCCCAGAGCGGCCGCCUCCUCGGGACGCGGACCGAGCGACGACGACCCCGUCUCCCCCAUCUCCCCCUCCGUCGCCGAAGCCGCCCCCGGCCUCCGCCUCUUCCUCCGCCGUGUCGGUCUCGGUGCCCGGGGGCGGCUUGUUCCCCUGGCUGCGUGAACGGCGGUUGGGCCGGGGGGGUUGGUUCGUGGAGCCGGCCAGGGACACGUUCCGGGCCAUGACCGGGCUCUACGGCGCCAUCCAGCCGGCCGACUCGGUGUCGCCCAUCACCCGCACGCACGGAGCCGUCUUCAACCUGGAAUACUCGCCCGGCGGGUCAGUGUUGACUGUUGCUUGUGAGCAAACAGAAGUCCUGCUUUUUGAUCCCAUAUCUUCAAAGCACAUCAAAACUCUAUCAGACGCUCAUGAGGAUUGUGUAAAUAAUAUCAGGUUUCUCGAUAACAGGCUGUUUGCCACUUGCUCCGAUGACACUACAAUCGCACUUUGGGAUCUGAGGAAGUUGGAUACCAAAGUGUGCACUUUGCAUGGUCACACCAGCUGGGUCAAGAACAUCGAAUACGACACGAACACAAGGUUGCUGGUAACUUCAGGGUUCGAUGGAAAUGUUAUAAUUUGGGACACCAAUAGGUGCACGGAAGAUGGCUGUCCUCACAAGAAGUUCUUUCAUACCCGAUUUCUCAUGCGUAUGAGGUUGACCCCAGACUGUUCCAAAAUGUUGAUCUCGACCUCUUCUGGCUAUCUUCUAAUUUUGCACGAUCUUGACCUAACCAAAUCUUUAGAGGUGGUCAGCUAUCCCAUUUUGAGAGCCAGAAGAACGACAUCCAGUUCAGAUCUGGCGUCUUCCACCUCUUCCGGGCCAAGAAGCGCUGGAUCUCCCUGUCAGCAGAGUGACUCAAGCCCACUGUCCGAAAAACACAUGGUGCGAGCCACCCAGCGAGAAGGUGGAUCGCCACGCAAUAGCCUCGAGGUUUUAACCCCAGAAGUUCCUGGUGAGAGGGAUCGGGGGAACUGCAUUACAUCUCUGCAGCUCCACCCCAAAGGAUGGGCAACGCUUCUUCGGUGCUCAAGUAACACCGAUGACCAAGAGUGGACGUGCGUCUAUGAAUUCCAAGAAGGCACACCCGUGCGGCCGGUCUCUCCUCGCUGCUCCCUCCGAUUGACUCAUUGCAUCGAGGAAGCCAACGUUGGCCGAGGCUACAUUAAAGAACUCUGCUUCAGUCCCGACGGCCGAAUGAUCGCCUCUCCGCAUGGCUACGGAAUCCGCUUGCUGGGCUUUGACACCCAGUGCAGUGAACUGGUUGACUGCUUGCCCAAAGAAGCGGCCCCCUUGCAAGAGAUCCGCUCGCUCUAUUCUCACAAUGACGUGGUCCUGACCACCAAGUUCUCUCCGACUCACUGUCAGAUCGCCUCUGGGUGCCUUAGUGGUCGCGUUUCUUUGUAUCAGCCAAAGUUCUAGGCGUCUCUUGCCUCAAAAGGAACAUCCGAUGUUUUGUUUUUUUUCAUUACUUCAAUUUAGUUGAAGUGUUCUUUUUUACAUAAAAAAAAAUCCUGUAAAUUUUGGACAACUACGAAGUUUCUCUUACCUCUGGACUGAACAGCGAUACAAGCUCAGUUCAGCCAUGGGAGUGCGUUCCUGUCUUUUGAUAAUGUAAUUGCGCAUCAAAGCAGCUGUGCGUCCGUCCUUUCUGCCCUUCCUGGUCCCGUUGUUUGGAUGUGGCACAGCGGCACACACAAGUCUUUCCACGUGACUGGCGGAUGGUUUGAGCGGAGGAGGGGAUGCUCGGCCAAACCACAUUUGCUUCCUUGCCCCCAAAGGAAUCGGACUUUGGUCCUUUGGCUGCUUCAAUUUUUCUGGAUUUUACAAUGGUUUUAUUUUUCCUACUCUUUCUAAGUAAUAGAGGACUUUUUGUCUUACACACUAGACUAGCCACUGCCAGCAAGCGCGUAACUUUCUUUGUGAGCACUGUUACUACUUUUCCGUAUUGUUUUGCUGUCGUCCGAUCGGUUGGCUGGUGUGUUUUUGAAGAUUACAUGCGACUGACUGCUCUCCCCCACCCCCCCUUGUCUAAAAACCCAGAUGGAAAGCACAGCUGCUUUUUCUGGGUUCAUUAGAGGAAAAAAAAGUUUAUCAAGGUGAAUAGCUUAAUAUUUUGUCUUCACGAAUCCUGUAAAAUAGCACCUUCUGGAGCACAGAAGGAAGUAUUUUGUUGCUCACUAUAUGCACCCAGAUUCUGAGGAUGCAGUCCUUGCAUCAGCCUCAUUUACAUCAAGGCAAGGAUGGGGAGCAAGAAUUCUUGGCACGCCUCACAUUGAUAUAAAUGAUGUUUGCAUGUGCCCCGAGUCUUCGGAUGGGUCUCGACAUUGUGGAAGGUUGAGGUUGAAUAAAACCUUUUUAAAAUCUCCACUAAA